UUUAUUCACACUUCCUGGUCCCGAAUUUGGAUAACCGCUCAGCAGGAGCUGGGGAAAGUAUAACAGUGCACAGUGGACUCACAGGACAAAUACAAGGCUUUGCCACCUGCGCAACUACCGCAGCUAGAAAGAUGUUCUGGUGAUCUGGGCUUUUGUUGUUUGCUCUGGGUGACAUGAAAUGCCGCUUUUCUCGCCACGUCGUGCCUUGUGAUUUCUGACGGGGCGACUCUACAACCAUGGCCUCGCCACUGCCCCCCUGCACAGCUGUCAGCUACUCUGCAUUGACAAUCGUCUCUCUUGUUUUCCUGCUUUCGGUGACUGCCGUGCAUUCCUCCCAAGGCGACAAGGAGCCAGUUUACCAAGGCUGUGUUACGCAAUGUGUCCGAACCAACUGCACUGGAGCUCGGCUAAGAGGUUUUCAGUCUACCCAGCCGCCGUACAUGGCGCUGACAGGCUGGACGUGUCGGGAUGACUGUCGAUAUCAGUGCAUGUGGCAAACGGUGGGACUUUACCAAGCUGAAGGCUACAGCAUCCCACAGUUCCAUGGAAAGUGGCCAUUUGCGAGGUUCCUUUGCUUCGAGGAGCCGGCCUCAGCCCUGGCAUCUUUGCUCAAUGGCCUAGCCUGUCUUCUGAUGCUGCUGCGCUACCGCAGUUCUGUGCCACGCCAGAGUCCCAUGUACUAUACCAUCACCGCCUUCUCACUGGUUUCUCUCAAUGCUUGGUUCUGGUCCACAGUGUUCCACACCAGGGAUACUUAUCUCACUGAGAAAAUGGACUACUUCUGUGCCUCUGCUGUCAUUCUUUACUCCAUCUACCUAUGCUGUGUUAGGACAUUGGGCCUGAGGAGGCCGGGGGUGUCCAGCAUGGUGGGAGUGGUGCUCAUCCUGGCUUUCACCUCCCAUGUGUUCUACCUGACCUUCAUCAGCUUUGACUAUGGUUACAACAUGGCCGCCAAUGCCACCAUAGGCAUAGUGAACCUCCUGUGGUGGCUGUGCUGGUGCUGGCAAAACCGGCGCACGCUGCCCUACUGGUGGAAGUGCGGUGUGGUGGUGAUGCUGCUUCACGGACUGGCCCUGCUGGAGCUGCUUGACUUUCCUCCUCUCUUCUGGAUCCUGGACGCCCACGCAGUCUGGCACCUCAGCACCGUGCCGGUGCACUUCCUCUUUUACAGUUUCUUGAUAGACGACAGUCUCCAUCUGCUCAACACAGAGAAGGCUGGCGUCAAACUGGAGUAGCAAGAGGUCCUCACCAGUUCACCCACGCCUCUUUUCUCACUCACCAAUCAGGGCAGCUGGGCACCAGAAUGGGGUGGAGCUCAGUCGCCAUGGUGACCUGCAUGGCACCUGUGCACACAUGAAUUCCAUCGAAGUAUAGAAUUUUUCCGUUGACUUUAUCAUGUUUCUUUCAGGGACGGGGGUUGUUGAUGAAAUUAUUGAUGAUUUUACUUUUCACAAGUUAGAUUUUUCUUGACAUAAUAGAUGUUUGCAUUCACUGAUCUUGCCUUGUAUAGAGUGAGAAACAAGGCCCCUUACUAUGUUAAUUAGUAAAAUACUGUAAAUUUACACAGAAAACUUUACGCACUUUGCAAAUCUACCGGCAAUCAAACUCAUGCAUAUCAAUUUGAUCGAGGCCUUCUAGAAAAGGGUUUGUUGUAGACUUGAGGUUAGCCCCAUUAAGUGUCACAACGGACAGACCUUCAACAGUGAUUGAAAAUGGGGAAUUUGUCCCCUUGUCAUGUAUUUUCUUUUCACUGUCAAAAAAACAUUCCGGUAUGGCGUCUAUAAGGGCAUGAUCUGAGUUCAUAAUGUACAAUCUGCAGCCCCUUGCAGCCGCCACCAAAUGGCGCCAAAACACAUUCUCUCACUGGGAUCCAAUAUGGCAUGUACCCAAGUCCGUAUGCCAAAUGAGGCCUAACAGACAGACCGGGGAAUGAGAGAGGUGCCCCUCUGUCACGGAGGGGUUCCAGUGGAUUGUUCUGGAGAGAGGGGGGCAGGCGGACCGGAGAGCAUUUUUGGAGCCCGUUUAAGCUGACAGCGUUUUUUUUUUUUGCCAUCACAUUGUUAUUGUUACGCCUAUGCUACUUCCAUCGCUGCUCUUUUUACUUAUUGUUCUUUUCAGCAGUUUUUUCAAUUGUAUUCUUUAUUGGUUGCCUUUUAUGAUUUUUGACACAUUGUCCUGUUAAUUGUUUGUGUCUUGGUUAUGACCACAUUGCUCAAUGUAUUUUUAAUUUUUUUAUUUCUUGAUUUUCGAGUGGGUCUAAUUUAUGUUCACCUGGAUGGCCUUUUGAAGAGGAGAGUAAGAAGUGUGUGUGUGUGUGUGUGUGUGUGUGUGUGAGAGAGUGUGUGUGCAAAGACAAAUAUAAUAAUGUGAACAGGGAUGUGCACUGCAAUGAACCAACUGAACUUACACAAAUGUGGAUCAGAAAAGGGGGUCAGAUAACACCUGGUGUAGCUUUGAUUAGCUACCAAUGUACUGUAAUUGAAUAGUACAAGUACAGUACAAAGGAAAUGCAUUUAAAUAUGUAACAAUGUCAGGGACAUUCCCACAGGGCCUGUGGGAUGCAGGUCUAUGAGGACAUGUGGGCACAAGAUAUAGGAAAUCCUGACAAAUCGGUUCCCACAAUGUUUUUUUUUGUCUGGUCCCCACUAGGAAAAAUGUGAAUAUUACAGUUUGGUAAUACAGUUUGGUCUGGUCCCCACUAGGGUAAAUAUUACAUUUGGGCAUAGUGUUAGAAUUGGGGUUACUUUUAUGUUUAGGCUUUAUGGAUUAGGGUAAACAUUAGUCAAAUGUUAGGUAAUGUUAAUCAUUUAACAAGUUAGGAUAAGUUUCAGGGUUAGGGAACAUAGAUUUCUAGGUUUCUAAUCGCAACAAGGAUAGAAAAACAACUGUGUGCGUGCGCAUGUGCCCCCUGUUCUGUGUAUCUUUGGUUGCACCAGUGGUCUCAAUAUCACACACUCCAUGCUAAGAUGGUACCACAUAUCUCUUGAGAGUAUUCUGGCACUCUCCACUUUGGCCUUACAUGUAUCACCCCACAGUGUUUGUACACAAACUACUCACAAGCAUACACUUGUGUGCAUUACACUUUUUUAAGCUUAUUACCUGUCUUUUGCCACUUUGGACCAUCUGCCCUUAUGUCUCAAGACAAAACAUUGUCAACUUGACUGUAAUGGCUUUAAGUCAACAUACAACUGUGUGUGUGCGCGCACGUGCGCAUGAGUGACAUGCAUUUAGCUGAGUGUGGACAUUUGGAAAUGCUGUCCAUGCCUUUUUCAGCACAUGAACUAUGAAGAGUAUGUAUUGCACGUCUCUUCCCAAGGUCUGAUGCUAUUGCUGCCGGUAACUAUGAUGAAGAUGUGUGUGAUAACACGGUACAGUUGUUGUUAACGCCCGGUGUGUCAGAUCUAUGUGUGUCAUACUCUACCCUUGUACUAGACCCCUAAUGCGUCAGAGGUGUGUGUGUGUGUGUGACCAUGGGUAUAUAUAGAUUCACUGAGAGCCAAAGAGAGGAGAGAGCUACUGAUAUGGAGGGGGUGGAAUCAGGAGUAGUAGUGUUUACAGGAAAAUCAGAAGUGACAGAGAGGACUUGUUUAUCAGCUUAAAAACAAAAGAUUUUCUUUCCGAAUCAUAUAAUUUGCUUUGGUUUAGCAUUUGCUGUACACACCCGUUUAAAAGCAGUUGAAGUUAACCGUGUGUUAUUGCCUGAGGCGAAUAUACCCUUUUGCUUGAGUAAACUGCUGUAGACUGAUUUGAACAAGGUUAUUUAGUUAACUGGAAAUGAAUACGAACAAGGCAGAAAACUGGGACAUCUUUUAUCAGUGGCACUUGAAAAUGUGUUUUACGUACUCCCUAUUUUGUAUUACCUGUUGUAAAUGUAAGAGUGAGAACUAGGUUAUUAGUUAGGAAUAAAUACAGUGCACUAAUACUUCUACUUUAUCCAGGAAGCCAGUCCGUAACCUUUAUGUACCCUCUUUGGAAAUCAAGAGUGUUACAAACAAGCAAACACCUUGGGCUAUAUUCAGAUAUGAAAUAAAAUGAUACAUUUAUUCAGACAAAACCUCUAAUAGAGCUGCCAUGAUCCCCAGUCAACCUGGCAGACAAUCGUAUCACUUCCACUCAUUCAAUUUCUAUGUGAAUGUUUUGUAAUGUUCCACCUACCUGAACAGGCCUCUAUUUUAACUACUUGCAGGAACUCUUGUUAUGAUCCCAGAUGACAACUCACUAAAGUCCUCGCUUGUGACUCAAAUGGCACCCUAUUCUGUAGCGCACUACUUUUGACUAGGGCUCAUAGGGGAAGUGGUGCGCUUAGAGAAUUGGGACUCAAACACAACUCCCCACUGCCUGCUGCCCUGUGCACCACACCCUCUCACAGAAUGAAUAUCUACUUUUAAAUCACAUGUCAGAGUUGUUAAAAAAAGCUUUAUGAAUAGAACUAAUAAAGUGUGCUUGGGUACAAAAAGGA